UACUUUUUUAGUUUUGUUUUGGUUUUGUUGUCCAUGGUUGAGCGUUGUGCUGUGCUUGUGGUGCUGCAGCCAGCGAGUUGUUUACGAAAGCAUAGGUUUGUUUAGGACCGCGUCGUGCAAAGAUAGUAAAGGCUGUCAACUGUAAGAUAGCCACUGCCUUGGCUGAUCUGUUAAAAGUGCUCUAGGGAUUUUUAGCAGGCGUUUAACCAGCACCAUAACACAGCAAUGACUGCAUGAGCUCAACUAGUUCUAGCUCAGGGAGGAUGUGUGAAAGGACCCCAUCGGAAAGUGCGAGUAGACGGAACAGCGAAGAUUCUGGCUACGCUAGGGUUCUGCAGUUUUUACUGAGGAGCAUUGAAGCUAACCGGGCACGGCUGUUCAGCAGUGCCCUGGAGGUGUUUUAUCAAGACGAUUCGGAUGAUGACCAGCAACUGAACGGAAUAUAUACACUUGACAUGGGUCGAGGUCUGAUGUCAAGGAGAUGUUAUUUUCAACUUGUUUCAGCUGCUUCGUCACCAGACAACUCAAGGAUUCUAAAAAAUGAUCUUUAUGAAAUCAUCAAGCAACACUCUGGCAGCAAAAGCAAGCCGCAGCCAGAGCAAGGCACUUCAAUGGCUGCGCUGCUUCGAAAGGCAAAAUGUGGAAUGCCAUUUCGUGGUAUCUUCACCACAGGAGACAAGUGCAGGAUGAGCUCUAGAUUGCUGCCAAACUUCCAAGCAGAUACAGUGUACUACCCAAGCAAAACAUUCUGUGGAACAUUUGCCCGAAAUGGUGACAUAUUCAUGACAGCGUGCCAGGACUGUGUGAUACGCAUCUAUGACACAAGCCGGGGUGAUUUCAAGCAAUUGAAAUCUGUGUCUGCUCGAGAUGUGGGUUGGAGUAUUCUUGACAUGGCUGUUAGUCCUGAUGGUCUCUAUUUUGUGUAUUCAAGCUGGUCAGAAUAUCUCCACCUGUGCAAUGUUUUUGGAGAGCACCAGGUCCACGAGGCACUGCCACUUUGCCCUGAGGAUAGAAGGUUUUGCAUCUUCUCCUUGCAGUUCUCUUCUGAUGGAAAAGACAUUCUUGGAGGAGCAAAUGACUCGUGCCUCUAUGUAUAUGACAGAGAGGUUCACCACCGUUCCCUAAGGAUACGUGCCCAUGACGGAGAUGUCAAUGCUGUUGCAUUUGCUGACAAGACCUCACAGAUCCUCUUUAGUGCAGGAGAUGAUGGCCUUUGUAAGGUUUGGGACAGGAGGACACUUAGUGAGAGAGAUCCUAAGCCAGUGGGUAUCCUUGCAGGACAUAGCAACGGCAUCACCUUUGUUGAUUCUAAGAAUGAUGCCAGGUACCUCAUCACAAACUCUAAAGAUCAAACAAUCAAGCUUUGGGACAUGCGAGCCUUUUCAUCAAAAGAUGGUAUCCAGGCAACAAAAAUGGCAGUAGCCUGUCAGAACUGGGACUAUCGGUGGCAACGUGUGCCCAAGAAACUGCUCGAUCUCUGUGAGAAGCUGCCCGGAGACACAUCUUUGAUGACCUACCAGGGCCACACAGUCUUGCAGACCCUUAUUCGAUGUCACUUUUCACCUGCUGCCACAACGGGUCAGCAGUUCAUCUACACUGGCUGUGCUUCAGGCCGAGUCAUUGUCUACGACCUUCUAACUGGAAAAGUGGCAACUGUUCUAUCUGGUCACAGGGGUUGCGUGAGAGAUGUGUCAUGGCAUCCCUACCUGCCUAUCCUGGUGAGCUCAUCGUGGGAUGGUUCUGUUUGCAAGUGGGCCUACAGCAGUGAACCAGAAAAGCAAGAAUCAAAAGGAAAGUCUGCUCACGAACACCCCAAGUAACGCAGGAUGCUGGUGCAGCCUAUGUAUUGAAGAGCUUGUGCUGAAGAGUCAACAUUUGCCUUACUAAAGUGUGCUGGUGUCAGUUUCACAGUUUGCUUUCUUUUUUUUACUGGGACCUGAUGUUUUGUAUCUUAAAUUGCUGUUCUUUGCAAGGUGUGGGUGUGAACUGAAUGGUGUGUUAUGAAGUGCGAAUGUGUAGUCAUGGUAAUGAACAUCAACUUGGGUGAACAA